UCUUGUUGGUGGUUUGCUCAAAAAAGAUCCGUAGUGUACUUUGCCUAAGAACGAUUGUUCCAAGAUAGAACAAUAGAUCAAUCACAAUCAAUACCCUUGAGAGAACACAAGAGAGGGGCAACAAGAACUGACUUUUGGAGCGGUACAUCCAGCAGUUCUGACCGAGAGGACAACAGUAGGGUAGAUUCUCGAGCCUUCUACAACUUCUUCAAAGAUUCAGUACUCAUCCAGCGUGGAACCCAUGGCCGCCACCGUCGGCACACUCGGCAGUGACGUGGUCGGCGUCAUCUCGCCCGGGACCGAGGUGCAGAUCGAGGGGUUGCAAAACGCGGCGCACUUGAACUAUCAAAUGCAAAAAUGUCUGGGUCUGGAAACUUGUGAUGCCGCAUGGCAACUCAAGAGAACGCCAGAAAUGACGGCUUAGCAUGACAGGUUUUUGAUUCGCUAGGUGUUGCCUAUUCUGCAUGAGAAACUGGGUUUUUGCCUCCCACAAAAGCGGCGCUUUUGGGUACCUUGCAUGACAGUCAUGCUAGCAGAGCAUGACUUUCCAGACCCAGAUAUAUUUGCAAUGCAUAUGAGCGGGUUGAAGGCGAUUGUGGUGGAAUACGACCAGGACAAUAACCGGUACAAAGUCCUAUGAACUGCAAAAGUAUCGUACUCGUAUAAAUGCAUUACAAAUUUUCUCAGCAUGGGAAAUCAAAUUUGUCAUGCUGAUUUACCUUAAGAAAAAUAUUUGUAAUGCAAGACUUGCAGUUAUACGAGUGCGAUACUUUUGCACAGGAUAAGUCCACGUCGAGGACGAUUCGAACAUUGCUCUGCGCGCGCAGAACUUCCGAAUCCUGUCCGUUGCCGCGGCCCCGGACGUGGUCAUUGGCCAAGCGAGUUCUCCGAACCCAGGAGUGCGGCUGAGUCAGCAAUCUGGGAGUCCUGCGAAUGCGUCAUCGUUGUCGAUCAAUGUGCCGCCGCCCACAACGGUAAACCAGCAGUCGACGGUGACCUCCAUCUUGUCCCGGCGGGACAGCUAUCAACUGCAAACAUGUCUGGGUCUGGAAGAUCGCCACGCUUGUCAUGCAUAUUCGGCAUGACCAAGGAUGUCUGUAAUGCAUGCCCUAGCUGCAUCAGAAAUUUUUACAGGGCUUCCUAAUGCCUAUUCCGCGUGACAAAUGCCAUCCCCGCGUAGCACAAACUGGACUCCUCUUGCUGGUCAUGCGAUGCAAAUGUUUUUAGAAUCCAAAGCUAGCAUCACAAGUCCGAACUUUCCAGACCCAGGCAUAUUUGUAAUGCAUAACAGCGAGGACGCGCUGUUUCACAAGCUUGGCUGGACCGAUUACGUGUUGUGUGGCGAGUUUCCUUUGUUCACGAAGUCGCUGGUGAUUGGGGGGCUGUGGAUGUUUUUGGUAACCAUGCUUCUCAUCUACGCGCCGCGGUAGAGCCAGAGAAGAACAGGAGGUUGUUGUUGAGACGGUGGCGCCUCGUCGUGUAGGUACAUUUCACAUACAAGACUCCUCGCACCCUGCAGUGAACGAAGAGUCCAUCCAAGUCGCGAUGAGCAGCUCCGAUGCCGCGAGGUCAUAGCAGAAGAUUUAUCGUUGCCUUAGAUGGUUGUGAGUGAGCAAGAUGAAGUCGAGUUUGUCUUUCGGUGCCGAGGCCGCGCGUGGCUCCCUCUUGCUGCUCGCGCGUUUUGAUCGGCUAUCGUGCAAGUGUCUGCGAAACUCUUGACAAUCCCUAGAAGAUCUUCCCGAUACUACAUUCAUAAGUCAAAGAUCCGAUUGGAACUAAAUGCAGAUCCAGACAAAGCAGUUUCAUA